AGUUCUGUUAAAAAGUACUUUCGAGUAAACAGAAUGUAAAAGAAAAAAUCGUUAUUUCCCCGAUACUUGGCAGCGAUAGUCGAGGUAAUACUUCUAUUUCUUGGAUUUUUAUUAAUGAAAAAGAAAACCCCAGGAAAGAAUCAAAGAUGUUGUCUCGACUAAGGCUGCUGCCAGUAAAUCAAUUUUCGAAAUACAUUACGGAACAAAUUUCAAGAAAUUGUAAUACUUCCGUCACCUCCGACCUGAAAUUUCAACCUUUAAAUACCCUUCAAGGCAGUGAAAUAUUUAAUAGUAGUGUCAAAAAAAUCAAAAAUGUCAAUCUCCUUCGAAAUUUCAAAACAGAGACGGUAGCGUCAAAAAAUAGUAAAAAUCCCUUUGAUAGAACAAAAUUUUCAUUUUUCUUAAAAGACAUCGGAGUCAGGAAUAUCCUGAACGAAGUAAAGAAGAAAAAAAAUAAUCUUGUAACACCAAUAAUAAUGAGGGAGAAACACAAAGAUACUCCGAGUACAGAAAUUAAUCCACUAGCGGAUAUAGAGGCAGAAUUGUACGACGUUCAACAUAAGAUGGAUCCAUACUAUUCAGAAAUUAUUUAUCUGAAGAUUUCAACACCCGACGUUAUCGUAUUAGAAAACUUUAAUACUUCGGGACCGAUAUUAUGGAACUUAGUUGAAUAGAAUACUAUUAAUUAAUGUCAUUAAAUUUUUUUUUCUUACAAGAUGUU